AUGCCUCAAAUUCCACAAUGUAGAUGGAGGCAGCCAGAGCUAUCUGUCGGCUCCCAAUGUGCAUCUCUUGACAUCCUCGGACGCUACAAAUGCUGGCUGGUGAAGGACAAAAGCCCUGCCCAUGUGGUUUGGAAGGCGGUCUCGAAGCCGAUUAUCAGCCUUCUGGACGAUCAAUUCGAGCACUUGGAUGCUGGAGAUUCUGACCUCACAUUUGAAAUGUUUAUGGUGGGACGAAAGCCAACUAGCACUGUGCCCACAAUCAUCUUCAGUUGCGAAAGUAAAACCUGCCGACAGAAGGCAAUGGCGUUGGUGCAGAAAAAGUCCAUUUUGGCCGCUUAUCCAGGUGGCUACAUGGCAGAAUACUCUAGGCUCCCCAAACCUCUUGCCCAGGGAGAAGAUGCCGAAUUGUUGUUCUUACCAGCGGGUGUCUAUCUGAAUGGACCACUUCGGAUUUGCGGCACACCCGUCUUGGUAUCAUUCGGCCCGAAAAAGUCCCCAAGAAAGGCCACAAUCGGAGGCAUCAUUUGCAUCGACGAGACCCUCUACGGGGUCACUGCUGGCCAUGCUUUCACCCAACACAAAGCAAGUAGUUCUAGCGAUGUGUCUGACGAUGAGUUCUCAUUUUUCGGAGGCGGUGAUCCUUUCGAAAGCUCCGAGGACGAAGACGAGUCGGUAGAAUUGACCAGUCAAGCCAGCAUGUCUUCUGGAUCUAGUCAGUCUCCCAGCACAAAUGACUUCGACUUUGGUGGACGUAGACGGAAGUCACUCACAUCCAGCUUGAGCUCGGGAUCAACACAAACUUCAGCAGCAGCAAGAGGCUUGAUAACGCAAAAAGAUCCUGUGUUAGAAAGUAUUCCAGAACGAUACGGAACGCUCUUCGCUUUCUCAGACCCUGACGAGAGGUUGGACUGGGCUCUGGUCAAAGUGGAGAACCCAGCACUUCUUCGGUUUCCUCGACCAGACGAAUAUAUGGCAAACAAUAUGAGAUGUGGCAACAAUCUGAUAUACCCAAACUCGAUUGCACACGGAUCAUUGGAUGCUGAUGUUGUGGUGUGCACAGGAUCUAGUGGGGUUGUGCAAGGAAGGCUUUCAGGAGUCACUGCAUACAAGAGAGCUGCCAGACAGAGAGGAUUUCAACAAUUAUCGACAAUGGUUCUCAGCAUGGGCACUUUCAAUGACGGAGAUUGCGGGUCUUGGGUCUGCGAUCUUAGGACUGGAGCUGUCUACGGCCAUAUUAUAUCGGGGCAUACUGGCACUGGAUCUGCUUACCUUGUUCAAUCCGAGCAUAUUUUCCAGGACAUGGAGACAACUCUCGAGAAGUCUGUCCAAUUGCUCACAAGAAGUCUGGCAGCACGCAACGCCGCACUGGCUCUUUGGGGACACAUUGAUACUGAUAAGCUUCUGACGGCCGGAUCUGAAGCCCAGCAGGUAAUGAAUUCCUCCUUGCCAAUACCAGGCCAUUCGAUACCUGAGCCUGUGCACGCUGAACCUAUGGAAGUGGUGGGGAAGCCGGAUCCGAAUCGAGGGAGAUCUUUGAAAGCCAGACCCGCAUACGUUGAGGAUGUUGACGAAGAAGGAAAUGUGAUUUCAUCUAUGAGGAAAAUCGCGUCCUAUUAUGAGGCUUCUAAACCGAAUGAUCUCCUCUUGAGGACGCGAUCAAAGCGGGAAGACAUCAUCAGCGACUCCGGGUAUUCCUCUGGAAAGCUUACCACUUCCAGAGCCCAAUCAUCCGCAGAUCAAUCAAUGAACCCUACAGUGAGCCUAAUUCCAGCUCGAGCACCUGGAAGAUCGGUCAAACGAGACAGGAAGGAACAUUUCAAGAAAGAUACCAAAGUCAAGCAGCGGAAGUCUUCGCGGCCAGGAGCGCAAAAGACUCAGAAGGGCGAGAGGCCAUUAUCGUCGACACAGUAUUCCACCAUUGAUGUAAACAGUUCUGACACAAGCGGUCGUCAUAUUCCAAGCAACUUUGGAAGUGUGCCACCACGCCCAAUAGGUAACGUUCAGCCACCGUCAAUUCAGACGAGUCACCUUAGGACCAGAGAUACUCUACCACUGAUAUCCCAAUCGAUACCUUUACGUACUCGAGCCAGUCCCACCGUGGCGAGUCGCCCAGUGAGCUACUAUGGUACAGGGCCUAGUGGGUAUCCCUCAGGACUUCCACUUGGGACAGCACCCACGUAUCCUCCCAUGCAAGCUUUUCCAGUCCCACACACUUACCCAGCUCCUUUCUCGUAUUCAUAUCAAACUCCAGGCUAUUAUCCAGAUCAGUACCAACAACUGACGCAGACCCCGAUAACACAUACAGCUGGAGCUCAAUUCCAUGACCCAUUCUCACCACAGUCAAGAUUAUUGAGCACACGAUUUGGACCAGCGCCAACCUCAAGGGAUCAAAGAUCUUUGCACAAUGUCAUCGAUGAUGAGUAUAUUUCUGCGAAUGAAGUCACCGAUUUACAAAACAUGCAUAUCCCUCCACGGGCGAAUUCUGCUAUUGGAACCAGGAAUUUCGGAAUUCCGACUCCCCCGCUAAGAAGGACAGGAAGUCAAGCCGAAAUAGGAGAUCGUCGACCCAUGGCUCCGCCACCACCGCCGCCACCGCCGAGUGGUCGACAAUGGGGGCAAUAUGACAAUUCGUAUACACAACGUCCUCAAGCCAAUAGACGUUCAGUCUCGUAUAACAUUGAUGGACCCUCAGGAUUACGUAUAGAGCCGGCUGCAUCAAGCGGUACAAGACACAGACAACAAAGCUACCAUGGUGGUCAAAUGACAGCGGAUGUUGAAAGCUAUGAUGAGAAGAUACGUAAAGCAGCUACAUACCAGCAAGAUAUGACAGGAGCACCAUUGGCGGCGCUCACAAUCGAUUCUAUGAAAAGACGCCGUGUGCAUCAAGUUCCAGGUAGUCAAGACACUCGAAGUACAAAGAGCAGUGCCGACACUCAGAGUACAAGAAGUAGCCAAAACACAAGAAGUCGGCGUUCAAGCACUAGCAGUGCGAGCAGUGUGACGUCUAGAGAGGAGAGUGGCUAUUACAAGUCAGCUUCCACUCGCACGCGAAAAGACAAGGAACAAGACGAGGAUGUCACUAUCAAGAUUUCUAGAGGGGCGCGCGUCACGGUUGGUGGGACACAGAUUGAUUGCAAUGAUGGAGGAGAGAUUGUGAUUAACAGACUCCGCUCUGUGCUAAACGAAGAUCGGGCGGAGGAUCGCAUGAAUUAUGACUUUCCAAGAACCGAAAGUCUGAGGAGGAGAUUCGAUCGUUCAACCUCAGCGAAUGAGGAUGGGAAGUCCAAUCUAUCGAUGCGCUCAAGUAAUUCAGAUGAAACAGUAAAAGGUAAAGGGAAAGGAAAAGGAACGUUUGAUCCGACGGCGAGCCAGACCACCAAUUUCUCAUCGAAGGACGAUAAUCAAGGAACGGAUUUGAUCUUUAAGAAGAAUGAAAGGGAGAGCAAACGCGGGAUUGAAAUGGCUGUUGCUGAAGCCGCUGCCAGAGAACUUGAUGAAAGGACCAAAAAAGGAUCAAAACUCACGGGCAAGCGAUGUGCAAUGUGUUCUAGUGGUGGGCAGGAUGUUUGGGUCAUUUCUGGCAGGGCUUGUCCUGUUUGUGGAACGCUAUGUUGA